AUUCAUCCGAUGACGGAUGGACGUCAGACACUCCGGAUGAUGAAUGGGAACACAUCGCUGGACUAGAAUGCGAGUACAACGGAGCCUAUAACGGAAACCACAUCCCUGCAGAGGCUAUGAACCACUGUCAAACAUCUCAGUGCCUUGUACCAAAAGGCGACAAUUGGCAGCCCGAGGCAAACGACCAAGACUUUGAAACUUCGGGCAACUUAUUCCUCAGCGGUUUGUCUGACGACAUGCCCAGUAGAGAUAUGGGUUGGCCGUCUGUUUCUCCCCCGCGUCAUGGCACGAGCGAUGUCAGAGCUGAGAAUAUUAUUUGGGAUGCUCAAGAAGCGGACGAGUACUGUAUGCCCUUUCAUCCGACCUGCUUUGAGAUAUUCAAGAGAGCCUCUUUAUAUCGGUAUGGAACUGUGGAUGUUGAGUGUUUGAUGCAAUGGUGGCGUCUUGAACCGAAGUACGAAGAUUUCGAACAUUUUCCUCGUCAUCCUGCUGUUAAAGAAGCUGAGCAACAGUGGUGGAGUCAUGAACGUGGAGGGGAAUUCCUAGUGGCCAACCCUUGCUUUGUUCCUGGAUUGGACGAUCUCCUGCAGUCGACACAGAACGUGGAACAUACCCUUGGGAAUGAGUCUAGCCUUUCUGGAACUACGAUAUCAACGAAGCCAGCCCCUUCCGACCCAUUCUCAAAGCUCCCUAGCGAAAUGAUCCGUGAGAUUCUCAUUCAUCUCAGUUUCAAAGACCUUGCCAACCUCCGACUCACGUCUCGCAUAUUUCUGCAUCUGCCGAACCCUGUAUUGUACGAGUUAACAGUUCGAGACACUCCUUGGUUAUACGAGGCAUGGUCGUCACUGCUUAUCUCUUUCUGGGCAACAACAACUCAGGCAGAAAUCGAGCAAGAGAUCGAACGCGGAGGUAGCAUUAGGACAACUCCUCAUCCAGUCAAGCUACUCAGCAAAGGUGAAACAGACUGGCUACGUGUCCAAGUGGAGGUGUCGAAGAACUGGAAAACAUUGCUUGGACUACAGAAUCGGCGCAGAAUCUGGGGCGAUUGCCAAGAAAUCUUGAAUCGGGUGGAUGAAUACCGGAAACAAGGCAAGAUCUGA